CCCCAGAACACAGAACAUGGCGGAUGGGGCACAGGCCAACCCCAAAGUGUUGAGGAAGAAGGUGCUGGUUAGGCACCCCUCCAGGUGGAGGGGCCCAAGUCUCAGGGCCUCUUUUCCUUGGAGAACCUCAAGGUCCAGCUUGGGUAUGAAGAAAUUCUUCACCAUGGUCGUCCUGGCCGGCAGCGUCCUGCCCACGGCCCGCAGCAGCCUGCUUAACCUGAAGUCCAUGGUGGAAACCAUCACGGGGAGGAGUGCCAUCUUGUCCUUCGUGGGCUACGGCUGCUACUGUGGACUAGGAGGGCACGGGCUGCCCAUGGAUGAGGUGGACUGGUGCUGCCACGCCCAUGACUGCUGCUACCAGAAGCUCUUCGACCUGGGCUGCCACCCCUAUGUGGACCACUAUGAAUACACCAUCGAGAACAAUACUUCCAUCAUCUGCAGUGAGCUCAACGAGACCGAGUGUGACAAGCAGACCUGUGAGUGUGACAAGAACGUGGUUCUGUGCCUCCGGAACCAGACGUACAAUGAGAAGCAUCGCAACUACCUCAACAUCUACUGUCAGGGCCCCACGCCCAACUGCAGCAUCUACGAGCCGCCCCUGGAGGAGGCGGCCUACAGGCACAUCUCCCCCACUGCCCCUGCACCUCCCUAGUGCCCCCCGGGGCUGACGGGCAAGAGGGAUGGAGGUUCUGGCUCUGGGGACCAGACAGGCAGACCAGGUGGAGAUGGGGGAAGACUGAGAGCCCAGGGCUUUCUGGCUGCUUCCUCCCUGGAACUCUCCAGGGGACCGGCCCCAGAGGACUCAGGGAGGCCUGGGUCCUGACUGUGGCUCCCAGGCCCCUCCAGCCCAGCACUGGGCGUGGCCAUGUCCUACCGCUGAUCCCAGACUUGGCAGGAAACAUGUAGC